UGCAGUUAUCGAUGAAUGAGAAAGAGAGGAAAAGUUUUGCAAAACUCGUUUGCAGAAUUGCAAUUUUUGAAUGUGAAACAAUAAAGUGCAUUGCGAAAUACAUUGUUAUUAUGAGCGUAUCGUCGAGCGACGUAGCGAAAAAACCACCAAUGAAAUCACGAUCGCGAGCGUUCACUGUAUUCCGACGUCGUUCGUUGCAGAUGAAUCAUAGUAAACAAAGGGAGAGAGAAAAUUUAUUUGAUGUGCUGUCGAGGAUUGUCAAGGCGCGACGCAGGUCAAAUAGUUUUGUUUAUUGUAAAAUACGGCCGACGAUGACGUCAGAUAGGGACGACGCUUGUGAUUUGAGUGACGUUAAUCUGCAGGAAAAUUCAGAUAUCGAGACGCAGUGCACACAUAAACUAAGCAAGAAACCAAAGAGAGUACUGCAAUUUUCGGAUGGUGUAAUGGAGGAAUAUUCUUCGGAAGAUGAAGUUGAUGUACCAAAUAAUCAAACCGUGUCACAGAUAGAUACUAAAAAUAUGAAUUGGUUACCAUGGGCGUGGCAUCAAACUACAUGGAUCAGUUCAAAAAUGUUAGAUGGUUGCGAUUAUGUUGGCGAAUGUCUGGCCAACUUUUUUGGCAUAACAGCACCCAAAUAUCAAUUUGAGAUCAAUGAAUUUUAUAGACUACAAGCCCUUGAAAGAGAAAUGUGUAACAAGCAAGACUUAGAGAUGGGUGGAUGGAACGAAAAAAAGAGAAAUAAUCUUAUAAGCAACGAUAUUAUAUUGUCAAAUGAACAUAAUUAAUGAUAUUAAGAAUAGAUUCUAAGAAAAUUUUUGUUAAUAAGAUAUGUAUUAUAAACAUCCUAUUUUAAAAGCAUUUAAAAUAUGUAUAAUUUUGAUAGAGAAAGAUGAAAAAAUAUGAAAUAUAUUUAUUGUUCCAUUACAUUCAAGAUUCACUGACAAAUAUGUAAAUGGAAGUAAAUUGAUCUGCUAUUUUUCUAUAUAAUAUUAAAUAAACUUUUAAAUAAUGUAAAAUAACAGUUAUAUAAAGAAAGGAUUUGAUAAAAAAAUUAAAUAAGGUUACAAUAUAUGCAAUACAUGAAAGAAGAGAAAGUGGUUUAAAUUAAAAUUGACUA